AUGGAGCUUAUGUCCUCGGAGUUCUCGAUCGGUGGGGAUGAUAGGGAUUUCAAAAUGGUGACUUAUGUGAAGGGCCUUUAUGCUCUUAAUGAUGCUUUUGCUGAUCCCGUAUUUACCGAGAUUGAGGCAAAAUUUGACUCUUGGAUUGGUGAAGGAUUGCUUAAACAUCCCAGGCAUUAUAAUUGUUAUGAAGACGGCGCAAAGAAAUUUACCCCGGGUUUUAGGCUAGGUGUUGAUUAUGUUGAGGAUAAAACUUGGUUUUACCAUUUGGCCACAUGCGACAUGUUUAUGAACGACUCGCAUAUGAACACCAUAUUCUAUUACCUUCGGAAAAAAGGUAAGUAUUCUUCCGCUGUGACGUUGAAUUUCGCAACCACUGAUUGUCUUUUUGAUGAUUCCAUCCAAGCAUUGUACCACAAAUUUAACAAGGCCAAGUCAAUGAAGACUAAUGUAACGCCCUAA